AGAUUCAGUUAUUUGAGUUAAUUUUUGGUCUUUAAUGAUUUGGAGAGCACAACAAGAGACUAGUGAUGGCCUUAUUAAUUUUGGUUGUUCAAAUAUUUGAUUGCUUUUGCAACAGGAUUUUCAAUUGAGAUCACGAGUAUGUUGACUCAAUUAGAUGAGGGUGAUGAAAAGAUUCCCUAAAUUCAAUGUAUCAAAAAUAUUUUGAUAAAAUUUAAAUAUAUUUCUUUUUUUUAUACGUAAGAGACAUUACUUUAGAAUUUUGUAUUAGAUAAAAAGAAGAAGAAAUUAAAAGAAAAUCAAGAAAUUUUGAAUGGACGUAAAUUAAUCAAUAUAUAUUAUUAUAUUAAUAUGAGAUAACAAUAAUCAAAUAAAUCCUUUAAUAUCCCAAAUGCUUCAUUUUACAUUUCGAUUGCAUCUAUGAUUGCUAUUGAAUUAUAUUCUCUCUAUCGAUUUUCGAUCAUUUGUAAAUCAAAUAAGGUUAAAGGAACUACAGAAGGUUUAUGAAUCUAAUUAAUAUUUAGGCUUUUUUGGAAUUUUAAGAGAUCAUUCAGACCCAUAAUGGGGAGAAUUUGCUGGACAUUUGGCGGAAAUAUUGGCUUUUCAAGUAAUUUUUUUGAUUGGCUCAUAUACUGUUAAAUAUUAUAGCAAGUUGGAAAAUAAAUAAAGAAACUUAUAAUACUAUAACAUUUUUCUUGGAAUGAUUUAUGCUUUCUAUUUACAUAGCUUUGGGAUGGUCUUUUAAUUAAUGAUAAUCAUAGGUUAUUAUUUAUUUUAAAAAGUAAAGAAAUUCUUAACUAUAAAUUAGAUAUUUUAUAAAAUGAAAUAUUUUAUUCCUAUUUUGUGGAUUCUAGCGUUAAUGACUCUCUGGUCAAAUGAAAAAUUUUCAGGAUAUUCAUUCAUAAUGCUAUCUCCAUAGUUAAAAUUCUUAGAAGAUUAUAAAAAUAAUAGUCAAUUAGUAAGAUGGAACAUUGUAUUUAAUAUGAUUUUAUUGAGGAUUAUCAGUUUUUCUGUAGAUAGAGUUUGGGCUUCUUAAUAGAAUGCUAGAUACAAGUAAUUUAUUGAUAAUACAUAAAGAUAUGAUUUAAUUCACAAAAAACAAUCAUUUAAAACAUAUCGAGACAGAGUACAAGAACCUCAACCUAUAGAUGAAUAUAACUUUUUAGGUUAUCUUAGCUUUUUAUUUUAUGUUCCUUUGCUUUUUUCAGGGCCAUCAAUGGGCUACAAUGCAUUUAAUUCUUAAUUAAAAAUCCCACAAUAGCAAAUGAAUAGUGCAUAAGUCCUAAAAUAUAUUUUAAGAGUUUAUUUUGUUGAUUUGUUAACUUUUGAAAUUUUUUUACACAUUUGCUAUCCUAACGCUCUUCCAAAAAUCCGUGGUAAUUUUGAAAUUUUGAAAACCUUUUCAGCUUUUGAAUUUCAUGUUAUGGGUUUCACAAAUCUCAUAUUUUUAUGGUACAAAUUUCUCACAAUUUGGAGAAUAGCCAGAGGAUGGGCGUUACUUGAUGGUAUUCUAUGUUCUAAAAUAGGAAUUGAAACACCUGAAAAUAUGAACAGAUGCAUCUAUAACAAUUAUAAUUUCAGCGGUUUUUGGAGAUCUUGGCAUAGAAGUUUCAACUAAUGGCUAAUUAGAUAUAUAUAUGUACCUUUAGGGGGAUCUAAAUAUAAAUCUUUUAAUAUGUGGGCUAUUUUUACAUUUGUUGCUUUAUGGCAUGAUUUUAAAUUGGAUCUUUUACUUUGGGCUUGGAUCAUUUGUUUAGCACUUAUUCCUGAGAUUGCUUUGUAAAAAUAUUUUGACAAAGAAUUCUUCUAUAAAAAACCAUGGUUUUUAUGGUUGUGUAGAUUAGGGGGAGGAUUCUAAAUUGAAAUGAUGUGCUUAGCUAAUCUUAUAGGAUUUGGUAAUGGUCACGAAGGGAUGGAUGUUAUCCUUUAAAAAUUUAUGAGUUGGGAAGGUUUGUUGUGCUUCUUAUUCUAUUGUGUUAUUAGAAAUGGAUUUGCAACAACUAUACAAUUUAGGAUAAGGGAUGAUGAAAAAGCAGAGUCAAAUGAAAAAAACUUUUGAU